AUGAAGCUGUCCACCGUUGCGCCGUUCUUCUUGGGUUUUGUGCACACUGCACUGGCCCAGUCCCUCGCUCCCUCGCCCACUGCUUCAGUUGGCUGCGAGCCUCACGGCGACCACUGGCACUGCUCUGGUCCCAAGGUCACUUCCCUCGCCACGGUUGUGACCGCCGCCAGUGUCUCGUCUGUGACUACGACCGCCUCCGCGGUCCACGACCAUGACGAUCAAGACCACGACCAUGAUCACGGUCACGAUCACGACAAGGAGGACCACGACCAUGACGACGAGUCCGGCUCCUCGGUCUCUUUGAAGCCUAGCCCAACGGAGUCCUACGGCUGCGAGGCCCACGGUGACCACUGGCAUUGCGCUGGUCACGUCUCGGCAACCGCCACGGCAUCUGCCGGGUCUCAGGAACAGGUCAGCUCGGCCAGCUCCUCUGCUUCUGCCACCCCUUCCACCGCUGCUGCCGUCCGCCAGGGAGCUUCGGGCUUGGCCGCCGCGGGAUUGGCCAUCAUGGCCCUCGCUCUUUGA